GCCCCGCCCAAUCGUGUUCAAGCUGGUUUUCUGGCGUGGAGGUGGUGGUGCGUUUCCUGCUCGCUGAGAGCUUUGAGUGCUUGCCUGGAGCCUCUGUCUGGGCGUGAAAAGCCUUUCCUCAUCGGUUUCCUGUAGCGCCACUUCCCCUCUACCGGCCCCUCCUCUCUGCCCAUCCCUGACCCUCCUGGGGACACCAUGGAUCCCCCAACCCCUUUGGCUCCGGUUCCCCCUCCCCCAGUGUGUGCCCCGGCUCCCUCAGGAGUUUUGACCCCCCGGACAAUUCAGAUCGAGUUUCCUCAGCAUAGCUCUUCACUUCUGGAGGCCCUAAACCGCCACCGUUUGGAAGGGAAGUUCUGCGAUGUGUCCCUCCAAGUUCAGGGCCGGGAGCUCCGGGCCCACAAGGCAGUGCUGGCUGCUGCAUCUCCCUAUUUUCAUGACAAGUUACUUCUGGGAGAUGCCCCAAAGCUCACUCUGCCAAAUGUCAUAGAAGCGGACGCCUUCGAGGGGCUACUUCAGCUGAUCUACUCCGGGCGCCUACGCCUGCCGCUCGAGGCGCUGCCGUCUCACCUCCUGGUGGCCAGCGGGCUCCAGAUGUGGCAGGUUGUGGAUCAGUGCUCUGAGAUCCUCAGAGAGCUCAGCGGAGGAACGACCAACCACACCCUCUUCCUCUCUUCCUCUUCUCCCCGAGUCUGGUGUUCCCGCCCGGCUCCUCCGCAGCCUCCUGUACAACCCCCGGCACCAACCGAGAACCCUGGGGGAGCAAUGGGGGGGGAGCUGGGAGAAGUGCUGAAAAUUCAGGUAGAGGAAGAAGAGGAAGAAGAGGAGGAGGAAGAAGAUGAAGAAGAACAAAAAAUGUUAUCAGUUGUCCCUCAAGUCCCACAAAGAGUGGGAGGAGGGACCCCUCGUCCUCGUGCCCACAAUUCACUGCCUAUACCUAACACUACCCGAAGGUUACCAGAUGGUGAAGGAGUUCCAGCUGAACCUCCCAUCUUUUCUACACCUCUGCCUCCCAAAAUUUUUUACAUUAAGCAAGAGAAGCUUGACCGUGAGGAAGAAGUGGUUGGGGGUGGGGGCCAACCUGAGAGAGAUUUGGAGGAGUCCAGAGAAGCAUUUUCUGGUGGGACAGGAGGAGGGGAGCUUGGAUUUCUGCUGCCCCCCGGUGCAGAGGGAGCUUCCAGUGGAGGUGGCCCAUCAUGGAAACCAGUAGAUCUGCAUGGGAAUGAAAUCUUAUCUGGGGGUGGUGGACCAGGAGGGACCGGACAAGCUGUGCAUGGACCAGUAAAGCUAGGGGGAGCACCUCCCCCUGAUGGCAAGCGAUUUGGCUGCCUGUGUGGGAAGCGGUUUGCAGUGAAGCCAAAACGAGACCGACACAUAAUGCUGACUUUUAGUCUCAGGCCUUUUGGCUGUGGUGUCUGCAACAAACGAUUCAAACUCAAACACCAUCUGACUGAGCACAUGAAGACACAUGCUGUAGCCCUGCAUGCCUGCCCCCACUGUGGUCGAAGAUUCCGUGUCCAUGCCUGUUUCCUUCGGCACCGAGAGCUCUGCAAAGGCCAAGGUUGGGCUACUGCUCAUUGGACAUACAAGUGAUAGCUAAGGUUAGACACAGACUCCCCUUAAAAUAAGUGGGCAACUUUAUGAUGAUCUUUAUGGUCCCCCAACUUUGCAAAUCUUUAAAACAAUCCACUUAGAUUGUCUGGCAGAUGAUCUAAGUCAGGCCAAGGGAAAUUGAUUCUUGUAAACCAGAAUACCUAUUUAAUUGAAGAAUUUAUAAGAAUGCCCACUCAGGAAGCUAAAUUUCAGUUGAGAAAAUUUGUACAACAAAGGAAUGGUCUUAAAAAUCUGUUUAACUUGUUUUAUAUUGGAUGUUAGAAGAUUCCUACUUUCCAGAUCUGUUGAAGGAAUUAAAUUCAGGCACUCAAAAACUAAUAGGCCAAUUUGGUGACUGUUGUACAGAAAAACCAAGGCUUGCCUUCUAACUAUUUUAUAGCAGAUUUGCGUGUUUACAUGAUUCUUUGACACUGUGACCCACUUUAGGAAUUAGAGUUUUUUAUAACUGAGAUGGACUGGUUCCUACUCAUGUCACCUAUGAUCUUGUUCCAUUGCCGAAGGCUUAUUUUCUAUAACACCUGUGUAUUCCAGUAGUCUGGAGAAUGUAGUUAUAGUAACAAGUGGUCACACUUACUGCAAUGUGUCAACCACUGACCCCAGGACACUCGUUUUUUUCCUGUCCCUAAUCACUGCAUACAGAACAUAAAAAGGUGACUGUGUUUAGAAAGACUCCAGGGCUGGGAUCAUAUGACUGAAUUUGAAGAGAGAUUUGACAGAAGUGCCCAGUCUCAGGAUAUAACAUAGUGACACUAUCCCCAUCUUCACACAACUUUUACUAUUUCAAACAAAUACAGUUCUGAACUCCUACUAGUAAAUAUGAGUUGAUCAUAUGUCUGGAUAUGAGAGUAGAUCUGGGAUGACUAGUGGUGUGUGAGAUUUAGAAUUAAGAAUGUUAAAUAGUUUAGAGGUAGAGAUAUUAUGUGAGUUUAUGUCUGCUUGCUUUCCAUGCCUUACAUAGGGAUUAUAUGUACUAACACUCUUAUGUGCUUCUACUGCAUUUAUUCUAUCUGAAUGCUUAGGAAAAUGUCAUUUAAAUAAAUGAGGACAUGUUUAUUUCUCAGUAAAAUGAAGGGAUUGGACUAGAUCAGAUUAGAAAAAUGGUUCCAUAAUUAAAAAAAAAUUUUUUUUUUACUAGUAUAUAAACUUUUUGCUAAUGGGCUCUUAAAAUUUGUAAGUUUAAAAAACUGUUCUCCCUUCUUGUUGUUCUUAGCUAUUCCUUCAAGUCCUUGACUCUGAACCAUGGAAAUCAUUAUGCUAAAUCUGUUAGAAAAUUCUGUCACUGAAUUUGAUUUGGGACACACUGAAUUACCAGAAUUCUAAGGUCCCUUGUUCUAACAUUAAGUCCUAGAAUCACUGCCUGAAGAGGUAAAUAAAGUAAGGUGAAAAUUCUAUUUAGUCCCACCACUCACUUCAGCAGUCUAAAGAUACAUUUAAGAAGUGAAAAGAUGGACUAUAUUAACAUUUUCACCAGAAGGUGAGCAAAGGCCAGAAGAGUAGACAAGAUACACUCAAUUUUGUCAUUGUAUCACCUAAUGAGGGAAAGCAGAAUAAAAAUAAUCUGGAUUCUUAUCAACAGAUUCUAUUCAUCUUUUACUCUUCUAUUUUAAUUCAAAAUCCUUUGUAAAGGUAUGCUUUAUAAAAAUUGCUUUUGAAGCUUGUAAAGAUUCAUGUCUUACUCAAGUUUGGGCACUUCACUGAUACAUAUUGUAGGCCUUCCAUAACUUGUUCAUUGUUAAUUUUGACUAUCAUUAACCAAAAAUGCUCCACAGAUGAUCUAUGUUAAACUACUACUAGAAGAAAUUGAAAUUUACAAAACAUUAAAUAAACCCUUACCCCAACCUCCUA